CUCGUGAACGCGCACUGCUUCUCGUGACCCCGCCGUUACUAUCAGACCCGCUGGGACUGACUGACUGGGAGGGAGGGCGCAGACCUCCUUCACCGGAGUGGACAAAACAUGCUGCUUACUCGAUAUCAACACAGGCAGCGUGGGCUCAGUUUACGGCAGCUGUAAAAGUGAGUGAUUCUGUAAUAACUGUUAUCUCCGGGUUCAUUCGAGGUCAUCCCUCUGAAGAGCUGUGAGGAGGUGUCUUUAAAGUUUCACAUUAUCCUCCAGGAAACGCGCUCUCAGCCGUCACUAGCCAACGACAACCCCGAGCAACAACUUAUCAGUGUUUAUCAUAUUACAUAUUUGUAUUGUCCACAAUCAGGAAAGUACCCGAGAACGACAAUGUCCUUUGUAAUCACACUGAGCAGAGUGACAGCAGCUCACCGGGCUCUCGCUCUCACCCUCCGCCUCAGAGCGAACACCGACGGUUUGAGUCGCGCAGUAACCGAGAGUAGGCGCUUCUCUCCCGGCAUAGGGUAUGGCUCCGACCCGCUAGGAGUUCAAAGGAGAUCAUACUGCUCCAGGAUGGCGCUUAAGGACGGACUCUUCUUCAGACAGGUAGGUAGAAAUUUAUGAAGGUUUUCUGACUCAGUUUGUUUGAUUUGACGAAGAAUAAAACGGAAAAGUUAGUGAUAUUGUUGGAUAACGGCUAAGUAGGCUAACGUUAGCACCAUAGACAGUCUAUGGUUAGCACUAGUAGGAAGAAGGGCAUUCAGAGCCUUUAGCCUUAAUAUAACAAAAAUUAGUCAUUUAUUCACAAAACUAAAAGUAUCACGAUGGGCUAGAGUAGUAAAUUGUCACGGAAACAGAUUUUAAAGUUGAUUUAUUUGCUGUUUUAUCUGCUAUAGCAUUUCAACCUGGUGACUGUACUGUAAUUUAAUAACAUCAGGGACACUGUGGCAUGUUAAGGUAUGCCUGUUGUCCAGCCUCAUGUAGUAGAGGAGCAGUGUUUAUUAUUUUUAUUUUGACAACAGCUCUGACUGUAACACUAUAAUAAUAACCACCACUAAAGGCCCUCUCUAAAAGAUAAGUGUCCCACCACAGCCCAUGAUAAGCAGCACCUCCAAUAAAAACCAGGCUUUCAGUGACUUUCUCAUAGUUACUCACUCAUAUUAUAGAUCGAUCAAUCAAUCAAUCAGUCAAUCAGUCUUUAUUUUUAUAGCACUUUUCAUACAUAACAUGGAGCACAAAGUGUUUCACACAGAAAAAGGAAUAAAAAAAACAAAGAAUACCCAAAUCAACCCCAGCCCAACCCCUCAUUCCCACCCCACGAUCUACUUGCAACAGAAACAGUAUUAAAAUGCAUAAAUCUAAAAAGGGCUUGAUUUCGUGGAAACAGGAAUGUGCGCAUUGAGGAAACGUCAUUUUAAAACUCAAGAUAAGGAAACACUGGAGGUUUAAGUUAAAAUCUAAAAACAAAGAAACAAAGAAUGAAAUUUAAGAAAUAAUAAAUAAAAUGAAAUGAAAACAAAAGUAAAAGAAACUAAAACAAGAGCACCAAAAUAGCGCAGUAAAAGACAAUCCUGUUACUAAAACUAGAAAGAGAUAAAUGCUAAAACACUUAAACAGAGUUAAUGAUAUAAUAUUUAGUUAAAAGCAAGACUAGAAAGGUACGUUUUCAGUUUGCUUUUAAAAUCAUUAAGAUUAGCCGCAGCCUUCAGGUCUUCAGGUAAGCUGCUCCAUAGACAGGGGCCAUGAAUUAAUCUCGUCAUUCUGAUUACUCCACUUUAUAAUCUUUAUGAUCUUAUUCUGGAUUUCAGUUUUUCUGUUAAACACACAUGAUUACCUUUCUUUGUCAAAUACUGCUGACUCACUCCCAUGCCUUUCCCUGUUCUUUCUGUUCAGCUUUUUGAGGCAGAGAGCAGCACCUACACCUACCUGUUAGCAGACUCAGACACCAAGGAGGCGGUUCUCAUUGACCCUGUACUUGAGACCAUUGAGAGGGACCUGAAGCUCAUACAUGAACUAGGGCUCGAUCUUAAAGUGGCAGGUAUCCUCACAUACUGUUAUUAGUGUAUGUUUAUUCAUUUAUUUGGACCCAUCAGUGUGUUGUUAUAAAGGUAAAUUUAUUAGAACCAUUCAUUUCAUCAGUGUUAUUGUAAUUUUGCAAUUCUGCUUUCCUUUAUGACAGUGAACACCCACUGCCAUGCAGACCACAUCACAAGCACCGGGCUGAUGAAGAAAAGAUUGGUGGGGCUAAAGAGUGCAAUCUCCAAAUUCAGCGGUGCUUCUGCAGAUAUCCACCUGUUAGCAGGAGACAAGAUCACCUUUGGGAAACAUGUGAGAGGGACACAACUUGAAUCUUUUUCAGUCAUCUUUUUGAGUGUCUCAAAUUUCUGUGUUAAAAGUUAUCGAUGAAAACACACUUUUCAUGCAAUAAGUUGACCGUGAUUUUUCCUUCUCUCCAGUAUCUGACAGUAAGAGAGACCCCCGGUCAUACUGAUGGGUGUGUGUCGCUGGUUACCGAUGAUCAGAGUAUGGUUUUUACUGGAGACGCUCUGCUCAUCAGAGGCUGUGGCAGGACAGACUUUCAACAGGGUAAAAAAAACACUUAAAGCCAGUCAUGAUGAUGUUAUUUUAAAGCUAUUUAUUCUGUAAUUAUACUUCCUGAAAGGAAAAGUAAUUGUUUUUGUAAUACUGCUCUAUAAACACAGGGUGGCAGUGCUGCGUGCGAUUUCAUUUGGACUUGGUUCACCUUUUAAUUGCUGUCUCCCUAAUUCAGGCUGUCCUAAGAAGCUCUAUCAGUCAGUUCAUCAGCAGAUCUUCUCUCUGCCUGACCAGUGUCUCGUCUAUCCAGCACACGACUACUUAGGUAAGCAGAAACAAGACAUUGGUGCGCUUACAUCGUGUCUGAUGGAGAGAUGGUGUUGCAGAAGCAUCUCCAUAGUAUUGAAAAGUAACUUAUACUCAUGAAAGUCACAUAAAUGUUCCAAAUAGACAGUUUAGACCAACUUUAGACAUUUUAUGCACUCAGAUUUUUAACUCUUUAUUAAAUUUAUUUCCCCUGAAAGCAUCCACAAUACCUGUUUCAAAUUAUAAUCAACACUACACUUUCCGUAAAUGACAUAUCUGGCUGUCUGUUUUUGCGCGUCAGGUCAGACAGCGUCCACAGUCGGCGAGGAGCGCAGGUUUAACCCACGGCUGACCAAGAGUGAGGACGAGUUUGUGAACAUCAUGGAUAACCUGAACCUCCCAAAGCCCAAGAAAAUAGGUAUCAAAAAUAUUCUUUCUCUUUCUAAAGACUAAACUCUAAAUUGCUAACUGGCACUUUUGUAAUUCAAUUGGGUCACUGGUAUCUUGUUUUUCUUUCUGUGCAGAUAUUUCAGUACCAGCUAAUCUGGUUUGUGGAGUACAUCAAGUCUGAAUGUCCUGCAAGAGAAAAAUUCAAAUCAGAUCAGCUUCAAUAUAACAAAAUAAUCAACAGCUUCAUGUUCUGCCUGAGCUGGAUUAACGUGCUUUAAUUCUGUGUAAUUAUGUAAAUAUAGAGCUGUAUAUGUGAAAAAUUGUUAGAGCAACAUUUUAAAGUGCACUUACUCAGAUCAUACUCAAAGAAACUGCUCUCUGCACCCUAAACUGCUGUGCUCUUGCACUCUGAAACUGGAGCUGAGGAAUUAUAACCACUUUUUACAGAGAGGUGUUAGCUUGGUAUUCUCAUCGAGGAAGUCAUGGUGUAUUCAUAGAGACCAAAGAGAACAUUAACAGAGGAAGCAAAGAAACAAUCCAAAAGUAAAAGCUGCACAAGUGUCAGAUUUGAACUGGAUGUACAGCAGUUUGCAGAAAAAUGAAUCACACUCGUACUGAAGAGGGGCCAAGCUACGAAUAGUUUGUGCAUUACGAUGCUUAAAAAUUAAAAUUAAAUCAGUUCUGCUCCAGUGGUGAGAAAAUGACUGCUUAAGCUCUGUACAUGAGGGAAAACCACUACUACCAUUUUGACUUAAAAUAAAAAUGCAUAUUUCUCUACA